UUCCAUGUACUUGUUCGAUUAGUUCCAUUAUCAUUAUCACAGUUCCGCCGGACGCUUAAGAGAAACAAUUCGUUCUAUUAUAGAGCCGAUAUUGCAGCAAAAAUCCACUGAAGCCAUAGACAUGUUCUACAGAGGUAAGUACGUGGACAGUAGUGACGCCCGAGAAAUGGGUCUGAAACGGCAGCGGGUGAUGGAUCAUGGUUCUUCAUAUUUUGGCGCUUCCCCUGGUCCAAGUUACAUGUACAAUCCUCCUCCUCCACCAGCACCUCCUGCUUACUCUUAUAUAGGCCAACCCCCACCUUUUCCAGUUGUCCGGCUGCGUGGCCUCCCUUUUGACUGCACAGAAGCUGAUAUUGCUGAGUUUUUCCAUAACUUGGAUGUAAUUGAUGUCCUCUUUGUUCACAAAGGUGGAAAGUUUACAGGGGAAGCUUUUUCUGUUUUGGGAUAUCCCCUUCAAGUGGAUUUUGCCCUACAAAGAAAUAGGCAAAACAUUGGUAGGAGAUAUGUUGAAGUUUUUAGAAGCAGGAAGGACGAAUAUUACAAGGCCAUAGCAAAUGAAGUUUCAGAUGCUCGUGGUGGUUCACCCCGUCGUGCUGUCCCAAGGGCAAGAUCUUUUGAUGAGGGAAAGGACUUGGCAGAACACACAGGGUUCUUGCGAAUGAGAGGAUUGCCUUUUUCUGCCAGCAAGGAAGAUAUUAUUGAUUUCUUUAAGGAUUUUGUUCUCUCCGAAGAGAAAAUUAGUAUAACAGCUACUUCUGAUGGAAGGCCAACUGGGGAAGCAUAUGUGGAGUUUGGUAGUCCAGAAGAUUCAAGGGCUGCCAUGUCCAGGGAUAGGAUGACUUUAGGAAGUCGCUACAUUGAGCUUUUCCCUUCCUCACGUGAGGAGUUGGAUGAAGCAAUUUCCAGGGGCGGAUUAUUGCCAAAAUCUGCUGAUGGGAAGGAUCUUACUGUUCCUACCGGUGUUCUACGAAUGAGGGGGCUGCCAUUUUCAGCUGGCAAGGAUGAUAUCAUGGAGUUCUUUAAAGAUUUUGUGUUGUCAGAGGAUUCAAUCCAUGUAACAUUUAACUUUGAGGGGAGGCCAACAGGAGAAGCAUUUGUGGAGUUUGCUAGUCCAGAGGAUGCAAAAGCUGCGCUUGCCAAGGAUAGGAUGACACUUGGGAGUCGUUACAUAGAGCUAUUUCCUUCAUCACUCGAGGAGUUAAAUGAAUCAGCAUCUAGGGGUCGGUGACCUUUUGGUAUUGCUUUGCGAUUGUACUUCUAUAAUCUGUGUCAUAGGGGAUGCUCAUAGCUGCUGUUACUUUUCCUUGUUAAAUUGGGUUAUAUGAAUUUCCGUGAAAAAGCGUAAGUUGAGUACUUGGAAGCAUUGAGGAAUAUCUAUUGAUCUCCAUCUUGUUCUAAUACUCUCUUGACUUGUGCAUUUUGCCAUGUUUUUAUUGUUUUUCCUUGUAUAUUUUUAAUCUUUACUUUUGGU